GGUCUGGAGCUGAAAGAAGAUAUCUUUCACCUAGCUGAUGGCAGGCAAGAAAGAAGAGUUACCGUUGAGUCCAUGAUCCUGGGAAUGUCGGCGAGCAAUUCAAAUGUGAUUCAGAAAGGCGACGAGCUCUUGCAGGUCAACGGUCAGAACGUGGAUGACCUGCCGUUCCCAGCCAUUCGUGAAAGUGUGUGCGGUCAGAGAGGCUCGUUGGUGAGCUUUCGGUUCAGACGAUUCCAGGAAUCCGCCAACUCCUCGUCACCCUCGAAAGACUUCCAGGUGGUGCUCAAACGAGGGUCGUGGGGAGCUGAACAUGCGGUCGUCAGUCCUGAGGAUCAAGAUCUACUUGAUGUGAGGUCUUGGCCUCGGAAAGAUUCAAUGAAUCUGCAGAAAUAGUUGACCAUGAAACUGCAGGCCUGCAAACGAGACAAUGAAGCUUUGAAAGUUUAAUUAAAGAAAGAAAUUACAUU